AUGAACAGAAGUACCAUCCAGCCCAAGGCCAAGCCCCUCCCCGCAGGAGUGUACACUCCGGUGGUUACCCUCUACAAGGCCGGCGAUGCGAACCAAUCCGUGGAUCACGAGGCCAUGUUCACACAAUGCCAGGCCUUGAUCAAGGCUGGCAUGCACGGCCUGGUGUACCUGGGCACCAACGGUGAGCUCGCCCUUCUCACGCGCGACGAGCGCAGGGCUAUCCUCGAGAACGUUUCUCGUGCGGUCUCUGAGACUGGCGGCUCUGACUAUCCUAUCGUGGCCGGCAUCUCGGCGCAAUCCACAUACGAGACUAUCCUCAAUGCCAAGGACGCUGCCAGCGCCGGCGCCAACUUUGCCCUUCUCCUACCGCCCAGCUACUGGGCCAAGGCUCUCCCUUCUCCCGCCCUUCUCGCCUACUUCCGCGAGGUUGCAGAUCAGUCCCCUAUUCCUAUCGUGAUAUACAACUUCCCCAAUGUCACGUCGGGUAUUGAUCUGGACUCGGAUCAGUUGGCUGCGUUGGCCACCCAUCCAAAUAUUUCAGCAGUGAAGUUGACCUGCGGAAACGUGGGUAAGCUUACACGCUUGACGAGUCUCUUCUCACACGAGCAAUUCGGUGUCUUUGGCGGGAGCAGCGAUUAUCUAUUGCCCACGCUGCAGGCUGGUGGAAGUGGCUGCGUGACGGGAAUGGGUAACGUCUUCCCUUGGUCCACAUCAGCAGUCUACGACUUGUGGAAGGCUGGGAAGGUGGACGAAGCCAAGAAACUUCAAGAUGUGGUAGCUCACGCAGAGUGGGCUUGCAAGAAGGGUAUUGCCUGUACCAAGUAUGGCGCGUGGCAUUUCUUGGGUCGCAAGAUCGGCGUGGAUCAAGAGUCGUCUUGGGAGAUGCGACGGCCGUAUCAGCCGUUGGACGAAAAGAUGAAGACCUGGAGUCUUGAUACCCUUGGAGUUUUGGCGGAUAUUGAGGAGAAGCGGUCUAUAUAG